AUGUCUGCUAAAAAUUAACUAUAAACACAAAUGGAUAAGGACAAAUAUUUUUUCACUAGUUUGGUUGAAUCUAGUAUCAUAAAAACUGACUUUGGAUAUUAUGGUUUCAUGAUUACUAAAGGUUUAUGGUAUAAACUAAGGGUUUAUUUUUGUUUUGUUAUCCCUAAAAAAGUGGUUAUUGCUGAACCAGAUAUAUACACAUUUGACAAUUUAGAGUAAGCUUAAAAAAAAAUAGAGGAAAUCGAAUUGUAGAAACAAAGGAUUUGA